AUGGGUAACACGCCAUCUCAUCCACACGGCUCCCCCUCCCGGCCGUCCAGCGCUUCCCAACAGUCCCAACAUGCAGCCUCCAACGCCGCACCCGGUCCAGGACCUACCAACCCUUCCUCCUCCUCCCCCUCGCCUGCCUCCACCCCUGCCUCCAACCGACACCCCAACCUCCGCCUUCCUAUGCCAUCUCGCCCCUCCCAAUUCUCACAAGAUUCCAACCCCACCUCUCCAUCCGGCAACGCCCGUAACGCAUCAGGCUCACCACGCCGCCGGAAAUCACUCGAACUCCCCGACCUCAACAAAUUGUCCUUCACGCCCGCAGCGCCGGUCGCUACCACCGCUACGACGACGAAUCAUCACCAUCAUCUCGCUACGCCCAACUCGGGGAGUAAGGGGCCGUCCCCGUCCGGAAAUGUCCCAGCGCCGGCGGGGAGGAAGUGGCAGCAUGUCCUAGGGGGUCGAGCUUCCCCGCUGGCGGGUGCGAACUCGCUGGGCGCAAUGAGCAAGGUGGCUAGUGUCUCGGGGUCUGGAUCUGGGGCACAGGGAACAGGAAAAGGAGCAAUGGAAAGUGUGGGAUCACCCUCGAAAGGGGCGACGCCGGAUAACCCAUACUUCCCUGCCUCGCCGUCUGGUCGGAGGGCGGGAGCACCGCCUCUCGUGGUUGCGAUACCUGCCACGCCGCCGCCAAAGGAGCCCGAGCCGAAGAAGGCUGCCCUGCCAGAUGACGGGUUGGUGGAUGUCCCAGUACAGUGGACGGGAGGGGGAAAGGCGGUGUAUGUAACGGGCAACUUUGCGGACAAUUGGCGCAGCCGAAUCAAGCUCAAAAAGAGUACCCACGACUUCAAUACGAUGCUCCGACUUCCGCCCGGGCAGUACCGCAUGAAGUUCAUCGUCGACGAUAGCUGGCGGUGCUCCAAGCAGAUCCCAACAGCUACAGACGACGACGGGACGCUCGUCAACUACAUUGAGGUGGAGCCUGCAAAGACGGAGGAGGAGAUCCAGGCGGAGUGGGCGAUGGAUGCCAAGCCUGUCUUGAAAGAAGAGGACGACGAGGGCCAAUGGACAUCCGUCAUUCCCGCCCCGCUCGUCGCGUAUCAAUACAUCGAAGAAAUCCCUCUCAACCUGGACGAGCCCACAUUCACCGCAUUCCCCCCUACCCUCCCCCGUAUCCUCGACAAAGUUAUCGUCAAUGCCGAGCCGCGCCGGCGGUCGUUUGAUGAGUCGUCGAGUGGCGCCGGGCACGUCACGGCGGGAUUGGACGAUAAUAGUAUCCUGGCGGUCCCGAAUCAUGUGGUUCUGAAUCACUUGACUGCGAGUGCGAUCAAAAAUGGGACGCUGGGCGUGGGGACGACGACGAGGUAUAGGAAGAAGUACAUCACCACCAUGUUCUUCAAGCCGACUCUUGGUGAUCUUAUGGGCGACACGGCGCCCGCGCCUGAGCCGGCAAGUCAGUAG